AUGUCGAGCCCCGUCAAGCCCGCGGCGUCCGCCUCGGACGACCUCUUCAAGUCACUGGAGAGGGACUUUGAGGAGGCCAUGUGCGCCUUGGAAGGCGAGGAGUCUUUGGGACACUUUCGCCUCGAGUACGAUAAGUUAUACCGCGCCCUCAAGAAGAGUCACGCCUCCGAAAAUAAGAUUGCCACACAAUGCCAGCAGCUGACGCAGGAGCUGCUCUCCAACGCUGCCAAGAUGCAAGCGGCAGUGAAGCUCUCGCAGGGCGACCACAGCACCAUCGAGUCGCUUAAAAAGGAGAUCGAGAAGGCGUGGCGCGCCGUAGACGUGGCGAAUGAGAAGAAUCAGCGCGCGCGAGAGAUGGUGAAGACGCUGAAGCAGGAAAUUCAGUCCCUGCAGAGUAUGAUCCAUGAUGGCACCUCUCUGUCUACCGACCACACGUCGACCCUGGAGCAGCUCAAGAUCGACAACAAGCGCCUCCUGACGGAGAGUGAGGAAAUGACGAAGCAGAUGGAUACGUACACGAAGGAGAUGGCGGAGCGGACAGCAACGCUAGAGACAUUGAAGUCGUCGACGGAGGAGGCUGUGCAGGAGAGCAAGCUGCUGGCAAACCGCCUGGAGCUGGUGCGGCAGGAGUACAACCGUGAACGCAAUGCGCGCGAGCGCGCCGAGUAUCAGUGCUGCGAGCUUCUGUUGACGCUCAAGACGCGUGAAAAGGCGUUACAGGAGCGGCAAGAGCGCCUCACCUUGAUUCACGCGCAUGCAGCGAAACACAAGACGGAGCUAGAAACGCAGCAACGCCGCCUGCAGGCGCUACAGCAACAGCUUGAAACAGCCGAGAAGCAGCUCUACCACACAAAGCAGUCGUACAACGACAGCGUCGACACCACCGUCGAGCUGAACGAGCGACUGCACGCGAUGGAGAAGCAGAUCGCGGCAACCGGGAAGACGAUCCUGGAAACCCGUGACGAGUGCACACGAGUUACUCGCAUCGAGGAGCGCGACUUCCGCGAGUUCGACCGCCUCAAACAGCAAAUCGACAACAUCCGAAAAGACGAGGAGAGAAUAGUGUACGAGGAGGAGACGGUGCGAAAACGCAUCGCUGCGGUGAAGCGGGAGAAGCGGAGUCUGCAGGAGGCGCUGCGGCUGCUCGAACGGGAGUGCACUGCCCUGGAGAAGAAGGGCGCCAGGGAGGAGUCUGUGCAGACCGUCACGCAAGCGGCCAUUCAGAACGAGGUCGCUCAGCAAGCGGAGCUGGAGGCGUGUAUCUCGCAAGAGACCGAAAUCGGGCGUCGUCUCCGAGACACGCUGCAGCGUUUGGAGAAGGAGCGGGAGAACUGUGUGAGCGAGGUGUCGCAGAUGAGCGGGCAAAGCAAAAGCGCUGCAGAGGAGCUCAAGAUGGCAGUAUUUCAAGUUGAGGAGGUGCAGCGGAAGCUGGACGAGAGCGAGCGUCGUCUGACGCAGCAGCAGGCAAAGUACGAACACAUGCGGGCAGAGAGAAACCAGCUAUCGAAACGUCUCGUCGACGCUCAGGAUGAGAUUGUGGAGUACCGACAGCGGGUGAAGGUGGUGGAUCAUCAGGUGCAUCAGUUCAAGGAGGAGCAGGCGCUGAAGGCGCGCAAGUGUCAGAGCGACAGGUCGCAAUACAAGAUUAGCAAGGAGCGACUCAUGAAGGCACGCCAGCUUGUCAACGACAGCACGGCUAGUUUCGACGCGACGCUGGAGGAGGGUGAGCGCGUGGGGCAGGAGGUCAAGCAGCUGUUGAAGGUGGUGCAGGAGUGCGACAAGAACCUCUGCGGACAGCAGCGAGAAUUUCUCAAGAUGAGCAACGAACGCGACACCCUCGCCGCCCAGAUGACUCGCCGCAACGACGAACUUGUCCUACUGUACCAGCAGCUGCAACUGAUACAGGACACCAUCAACGCGGGCGAGGCGGCGUACCGCGACCGACUUGAUGACGUGCGCCUUCUCCACCUCAAGUUGCGAGAGAUUCAGCAUCAGUCGAUGCUGGCGCAUGUGCGCGGCCGUGAAGUGUCAACUGCGAAGGACCGGUUGCGAGCCAAGCAGAAAGAGGUGCUGCUGGAGCAGGCUAAGGUGGCCGCCCUCGCCGAGGAGCUCGAGAAUCCGCAGAACGAGUCUCGCUGGCGACGCGUUGGCGGUGGCUAUCCGUCGAUGGCGGAGCUGGAGUCGAAGAUAAAGCUGCUGCAACGCAACCUCCUCACCAAGUCGGAGGAAUGCAUGAAGCAGGAAAUGGCACUCGAGGAGAAGCAGCGGCUAAUGAUGGAGCUGCAUGCCAUGGCGGCGCGCCAGCCUGGCCCGGAGGUGGCACAGCACCUGAACGCCUACCAGAAGGACUUGCAGAAGAAGAAUGCGCAGAUGAAACAGAAGGCGUCGGAGCUCAACAUGACAGCGACACACAAGGCCGAGUUGCGGUACGAGGUGGCGCGCCUGCGCCGUGCCGUAGACGAAAUGCGGCAGAAGUACUACGAGGUGAAGGUGAAGAACGAGACCUUCACGGCAGCCGAGCUCAUUCCUGCUUCGUAG